UUUAGAAAGUGGUGAAUUUGUGGUAAGUGAAAUAUCAACAAAAUUUUCCAGAUCGGAGAAAAUUUGAUUAUUUGCUGUUUCCUGAGGAAGAAUCUGCAAAAAUGGGUGAUAAGAAUUCAGAUCAAAGUAUCAUGGACAAAUCCAUGCGAUCGGUUUUCGUUGGGAACAUCCCCUACGAGGCCACGGAGGAGAAAUUGAAGGAGAUUUUCAGCGAAGUGGGUCCUGUAUUGUCUCUCAAGCUGGUGUUUGACCGGGAGAGUGGCAAGCCCAAAGGUUAUGGCUUCUGUGAGUACAAGGAUCAAGAAACAGCCCUGAGUGCCAUGAGGAAUCUCAAUGGCUAUGAAAUCGGUGGAAGAACCCUCAGGGUGGACAAUGCUUGUACGGAAAAAUCCAGGAUGGAGAUGCAGCAGCUGCUUCAGGGGCCACAAGUUGAGAAUCCAUAUGGAGAGCCUUGUGAUCCGGAAAAUGCCCCUGAGCUUAUUACAAAGACCGUGGCAUCUUUGCCACCGGAGCAAAUGUACGAGCUGAUGAAGCAGAUGAAGACAUGCAUUCAGAACAAUCCAUCGGAAGCUCGUCAGAUGCUCCUGCUGAAUCCCCAGCUGGCCUAUGCUUUGCUCCAGGCUCAAGUGGUCAUGAGGAUUGUGGAUCCAGCCACGGCAGCUACGAUGCUCUUCAAACCCAAUCAGAUGCCUCCAGUGCUCACGAAUCAGACGGUGACGCAGAUUCAGUUGCAGCAGCAGCAGCAGCAACUGACCGUGCCACAUGUACCGCAGCCUGUACCACCCGUGACCAUGACCAGAAAUGAUUUUGCUGCCCCUCUCGGCCAAGACAUCGAUUUGCGUUCAGUAGAUCCUCGAUUGACGCGCUCCCUGGACCAGGACAUGCGUUCCCUGACUCAGCCUCUGCCUGUGUCCGAUGCAUUUGGUCCGGCUCCGAGGCCUGCUCGCCAAGCGGCUCCCACAUUCCCAGCUGCUGAUCCACGUCAACGUCCCAUUGAUCCGCGCACCAAUAAAGUGCCCCCUUCAGUCAAUGUCCCCGUGGUCACUGGAGUUCCGGCUCCGACUGCACCCUCGGCCCCUGCUGUGGCCGCUGCUGCAGCUCGGAGUGGCAUUCCGUCGGGUAUUCCGAGUGAUGCCAGCGAUCACGAAAAGGCAGCAUUGAUUAUGCAGGUGCUGCAGCUGUCGGAUGAGCAGAUAGCAAUGCUGCCGCCAGAGCAGAGAACCAGCAUCCUGGUGCUCAAGGAACAAAUUGCCAAGAGCACUCAACGCUGAAGAUUUUUCAUUUUAUUUUUCAACUCAAGUGGAUCGAUUGUAUUGUCCAGGAAUCUUUUGAUCAAUAAAUUUUUCUCUAGAAUGGAA